AUGAUAUGGACAAAUCACAUCGCGCGGCGACUCCAGUGGCUGCUGGAAUGCGAUGAAUGGACGCCGCCAGGGACGGUCCAAGGGUUCUGCGUUUACUUGCAAUUAUACGUGGAGUGGACACAAUUGCGCCUAGAAGAGGCUGGGAUAGACCCGAAAGACUGGGACUCGGAAGGAUGGCUCGAAUGCGCUCCAGAUGAGCCCCAGAGCGAAGGCGAUCGACGCGUCGACUCCCCGCAGGCAGCUGGCCCAGGGGCUACAUCGGAAGCUGGGAACGAGCAGGCACCGCCGGAGUCGCGAAUGGACAGUCUGAAGCGGUCUAUAGUGCAAUUUAUCCAUGCCAUCCGACGCAGAUUCAGACGGGCUGCCGCGCAGGAACGCGACGCUGAGAAGGGGGCCGCUGGGGCUGAUACGAACGCAACACCAGAUGCACCCGGUGUGACGGACACCACACCGCCAGGCGUCAGCGACGCCCCGCUGGUGACCACUACAACGCUCGGUGAAUCGCCGCAAGGGCAGGACGCGGCCCAGACCGAGCACUCGCAGCUACCAGGUGCCACCGAACCGCGCGCAGACGACUCGGGUGCCACACGCGCAGUUGCAGAGGCAGGAACAGUCGCGGACGAAGGCCGUCAGGACGAACCCGGAAGUGCGGCGAUGGAGCACGCAGAUCAACGUCAAGGCGGCGACGUGCGUCCGAGUCAGGAGGGAUUAACUGCACCAUACGACGCGCCUACGCAACUGUCCAAGUCGCACUGCGAGCCAUGCAGCCAGAGUCAGAACGAUGGCUGAUUCGGAGGACGGAGGAUGGUGGCAUCGACGUCACGGUGCGGACAGCAUGCAUCGACUUUUGACGAACCGUGACGGUGAUGGAUGAAUCUCUCGGUGCACGAACGAUUUCUGGGGCUGCGAUGGGCUAGUUUCUCGUGUAUGUACUCUGGUUCUCGGUAUAGCUGUUUGUGAUAAGUUUGUGUAAGCUAUGGUCUCGGAGUCUCGAUACGAACGGGUUCACUGACUGUGUGUACGAUACACUUGUGUUCACCGACCGGAUCGCCUGGAGCUUCCGCGAACGGGCGUUGCUGUCCAACGUCUGUAUUAUGUGAUGUACUAUUCGUUCGGUACAACUCGCCUCCUGUACAUC